AUGAUCAACUAUGUCAUGCUCGUGUCCCGGCAGGGCAAGGUCCGCCUCGCCAAGUGGUUCCAGACGCUGCCGUCCAAGACCAAGGCCAAGAUCGUCAAGGACGUGACCCAGCUCGUGCUCGCGCGCCGGACACGGAUGUGCAACUUUUUGGAGUACAAGGACACCAAGGUCAUCUACCGCCGCUACGCGUCCCUCUUCUUCAUCACGUCCAUCACGCCGGGCGACAACGAGCUCAUCACGCUCGAGGUCAUCCACCGCUACGUCGAGGUGCUGGACCGAUACUUUGGCAACGUCUGCGAGCUCGACCUCAUCUUCAACUUCCAGAAGGCGUAUGCUAUCCUCGACGAGCUCAUCAUCGCUGGCGAGCUGCAGGAGUCGUCCAAGAAGGCCGUGCUGAAGAUUGUCGCCCAGUCGGACGCCAUUGAAGAGGCCGAGGUCUCGGAAGACUCGCUCGCAAGACUUGGCAGCCUGGCGCGCUAGGUAUAGUAUAGACCCGACUGUAUAGUAAUGGCAUAAUGAUUUCAUGCGC